GGAUCUUCACUUCCUUUACUUUCCUUCUUGCUUGUAUAUACAAUAUUUGAGAUUCGAUUCAAACCGAUGCGCCAGUAUCGUUAGGUCUCUAUUGCUCCGUCUCUCGUGUGUCUGUCUGGUUUCAGAGUGGGACGACUCCAAUUGGACUGGAGGAAAAGAACACAACCGAAAAGGUAGAAGCAGAAGACUUCCCAUCAUCGUUACAUAUUUACUUUUGACGUCGCGCAACCAGAUAUACGCAACACUCCAGAGUCAUUCAGAAAUUCAACGUCGCCCCUCAUUACUCUCUCUCUCUCUCUCUUUUUUGUCUCAAGCCCAAGAACCUGGCGUACCUCAAACAUUUGAGGCUGAAAUACAUUCGACAUGAACUACUAGUCAUAAAAAUUCUGUCAUACGCAGUGAAGCAAGGAACCUACGGGACGGAACCAACUGUUAUGAAAUAACUGCCUGAUCAACAUAUUGCAACAGAUAUACAUACGUAUGUUGAUCGAUGUCUUAAAAAGUAUCAUUAUUUGGAAACAAUUAUACUUUUUUUUGCUUUUUUUUUCCACUUCACAGGUAUUCACUUAAGCAAGCUGAGUUCGGGCACAUCUAGAGCAGUUCUCAAGAAUCGUCCCAUUUAAAGCUUCAUAUAGCCUCGAGACAAGGUAUCCUGGACCUGGUCAAACACUACAUCUAAUUGAUUAUAUUUUAUCAAAGCGACCCCCUUACAAUUUGAAAACUACGCGUCUCGAAACUAUCACAAUUGUCCCCACAAGGAUCUCGAGUUUCCCCAUACUCCAUACAAAGCUUAUAGCAUCUUGUGAAUAUACCCAAGGAUUACCCGAGCUUUGAUCAAGACAAGUGAAUAUUGGAAAACACGCCAUCUAAAAAGCAUCAGUUUUCUUAAUGCAGUAAUUCACUAGAUCCAGAGGUGGUUCAUGGAUGUCCAGGUUUGAUCGAAAUCUUGUUCUUUUCUCCUUCCCAAGAAUAGACAAACGCAUCAUCAAUCAUGAUGAGGGACAAUGGAUGGGAAACCGAGGAUGAGUUUGCGGUAGCAGCUCAACAUCACCUCCCUCCUCCAACAGAUACGCCAUACAGAACACCAGCGCCAUCUAUUCGUUCAAAUCGCUCAAAUCGCUCAAGACGUUCUUCGAGACAAAAAUCGGUAUCUCCAGGACCAUCUUCUUCGCCACCACCGCUACCUCAAGGAGAGAAGCGUAUGAGUUGUUCUCUUGAUGUAACCAAUGACGAAACGAUUUCUAUUCUCGACCCAAGGCGAUUUACACCAACUUUGCACGCUAAUUUGGUUGCUGAAAUUUUAACCUUACGUAGGGACCAGGAAGAGAAAAUCAGAACCAUCGAGAGCUUGGAAGAAGCACUUCAUGAUACUCGUGGAGAGCAUGAAUCUUUACAAGAUCGUCUCGCCGACACCUCAAAGGAAAGUCGUGCUUUAAAACGUCAAUUGGCUUUAUUAGAAGGUGGGACCUCGUCUGCCUUAUCUGAAUUGGCAAAGGAGCGAGAUGAAGCAGUCGAAACUACUACAGAGAUGCGCCGUCGAUUAGAGACUGUUCAGAAGAAACUCAAAGGUCGAGAUGAGGAAGUGGACCGCGUCCAAAAUCUUUGGGCAAACGACAAAGACAAUUGGGAUGAAGAGAGGAGAAAGCUGGAAGUAAAGAUUCAUGUCUCGGAAAACAGACUCAAGACAGUCUUGGAUGAGGUCGCCGCCUACGAAGCCAGCCGUUCAAGGAACCAACCACAAGGACACAACCCAGAAGAUAAAGACGCUGGAAACGAGAGUGAUGGUGGUAGCGUUCGGACAAUGAGUUUAACUAGUAGUAUACGAUUUUCGAUGCUCAAUGGGCCCAAUGGGUAUGGGGUCACUAAAGGGAAUGGCCUGAGCCUUGCCGAUGAAUUAGAUCUCGACGAAAGUGAGACCGAUUAUGACGGUGGACGUGAUAGUCUCAUGUCAUCCCCAGAGAAGCAUCACCGAACUCAAAGUCGUGAAAGCAUUUUAUUCCGCACUCACCGUAGGAACCAGAGUGGCGACAGUUUGAAGCGGCCUGGAAGCAUUACCCGAGGUAAAUCAUUACUCAACCAAACCGUUCUCGAGAGGUUGGAAGGAGGUAUCUCAGAGGAUGACGAGGUUGCACCUAAGCCUACGUUUCAAUAUGUCGACACUGGCAUCCAGUACUCCCCUCCACCAUCCCCAAAACUUACGUCAGUAAUUGAAAUAGUCACUGUUAUUGAGCCAACAGCACUAGUUGAGCCGGAAAUUUCCCACAAAUUCGAGGAACAGCCUUCAGUUGAGGUAUCUAGUAAAGACUGGGAGGUUGGAGCGAACCAGCGAAGAAAGCGUGUGUAUACAAAUCCUCCUUUGGUCAUUGAGCCUCCUAAGAGUUCUCCUAUGAUAUCUGCGGCAUCACAAACCGUGGAUGACCCUCCCAGCCCCCCACGAACACCAGUUUCUCCAACCCGAGCUCCACCACCACCACCACCUUCUCAAUCCAUGCCUAUUAAAGAGGAGAAUAAAAUGACAUCAACUUCCACACAAACAGAAGCUGAAACCGAAACCCGCGACACUUCACCAACAUCCCCAAAACGUAUCCCACCGCCAAUACCCAUUCCAUCAAUUCAAUUGCAUCCGCCUUCCUCAGCUCCAGCAACCCCUCGCGAGUCGUUGUUGCCACAAUUCUCGAAAGAUGCAGGCUGUCAGGUUUCGAUUUCAGCACCCAUUGCAACAAGGUCGAUGGCUGUACAAACGGAAGAGAUCAGGGUUGCUCAACGCUUGAAUACUCUUCCAGCUCAUCUUCACCCAUCUAUGAUAUCGUCCAACCCUCCAUCACCCGAUCUAAAACCCGAUGGUCUUCAAUUCUCGCCAUUUCCAGAUACGCUCCCCCCUAAGAAUCCGCGUCGCCAAAGUAGUCAACGCAGCAUAACAACGCUCCCAUCAUCGCCGCCUAUAAUGGAGACAAGAGAUGCUUAUCCAGGUAAUAAUGACGACGGGCCUCUAGCGAAAGACAGAGGACAAAUUAGAAGACCUCAUCGCAUCAGUAGUCUCUUCGCAGGCUUUGAUGGUGUAAGUUCUGAUGAGGUAGAUGAGUUUGAUGAUGGUGAUGUUAGCGAUAAUGACUUCAGAACCGCACUUUCUGCUCCAAACGCAACAAAGAAAGAUAUGAAGAAGAUAUCACAAGUUUCAAGAUCAGUUCCACAAAAAACGCAAAUUUCUAAUGUUUUAACCAUCAAAAUUCCUUCCAAUCUGGAUAACGAAGCAGAUGAUCAAUUCGAUGAAGAAAUAUUGGAGUUGCCACCUAGAACAUCCGCCAAAGCCGCUCGAACUCUUGGCCAUCCUUUGCCGAUCACUGCAAUGGCUAAAUCAGCUCAAAUGCAUCGUUCAGCUCUUAUUCAAAGUGGUGUAAAUGCUCACCGUGCCCGACCUGGUAGUUCGGGGGUGUCCGAAGAGGUUGCACCUCCAUUUCCGAUACCUACCAGAGCGAGCUCUCGGAGACCUGGAGUUGCUGCUAGUGCGCCCAGCGAUGGUAAUAGAAGUCCUAGUCACGGUAGGGGAUCAAAGCCUUAUCGAGCUGGUAGUGUUAGCCGAACUGGCAGUAUUGGCCGAACUGGUAGUGUCAGGAAAGUUCGAUCCGCUGCUGCUAUCACGAGGGGUAGACGUCCUCCACGACGUUCCGAAAGCAGAUCACCACCCAUGUCACCAACCAUAGAUCCCGAGAGUCCUGGCUUGCCACCACUCCCCCAUAACGAUAUCACUACGCCUCGAUUUUCGAGGGAUAAUGGUAGCGGUGGUUAUAGAAUGCAUAGACAGCAAUUAUCGACCACAAACACCACGUUUACUACGAACACUGCUGGAUCAUCGGUCAUUACUGAUAUCCAAAGUACCAACCAAGCCACAACUGUAGUAGAUGCUAUUGCUCAAACAAUGGUUGGAGAGUGGAUGUUCAAGUACGUCAGGAGACGCAAGUCCUUCGGAGUGUCUGAUCAUGAUGGGGAUAACGCUACUAACGGUGCUCGUCACAAACGAUGGGUUUGGCUCGCACCUUAUGAACGUGCUGUCAUGUGGAGUAGCAAACAGCCCACGUCUGGGUCUGCACUGUUGGGCAAAACUGGAAGAAAACUAACAAUUCAAUCCGUGUUGGAUGUCAAAGACGACAAUGCACCACCAAGAGGAUCUGGAGGAGUUUUUGAUCGUUCAAUCCUCAUCCUCACGCCAGCACGUGCCCUCAAGUUCACAGCUAUUUCACGAGAACGACAUUAUGUAUGGCUUACUGCUCUAUCCUUCCUCGCACAUUCGUCACAGGCUGUACCCGAUGUCAUUGCGCCCCAUCCUGCACAAACCUUGUCUAUCAAAGCUUCUCCACUACCCGACUUCCAGAAGCCCGGUCGUAUGCAGAAAACUCACAAAAUUCGAGACUCGAUCAAGGUUGCGAAGGGGAAAAAUGCUUUCAACCGUACUGGCCCUGCAUCAAACUAUUCGUCCUCUCAACAAACCGAUACAAACACGAGCGUUCACGAUAAUGAAUCGUUUCACACGAAUUCACACUCAGUCCGCUCUGACCCUGCAGAGGCACCCUUCGUACCCCGCUUUUCCGAUAGAGGAAUGGGUAGUCAUGGCAGGAAGCGCAGUAAUACUGGCUCACAUAUACCACCUCCUCUCUCUUUCCGAGGUUUUAGUGCUGGUCAUGUACCCACCAAUAGUACUGCAGGUAUGAGUGAUAGAACAACAGGCUCCUCCGAGAACCACAGCUCUUAUUCUCAACCUUCGUCGGCGACAGGAUACAAUGGACCCAGUAGCCGCUCAUCUGUUCGCACAUCUGAUGCCAGUUCACGUCCAGGAGCUGUUGUAAAUAACUUCUUCGAUGCAGUAGGAACGAUGCGAAUGGAAGCUUUUAUUUCUCCACUAGGUGUUACGAGAUUUGACGAUUUUCCUGAUGAACAAGAUGAAAUGGAUAUGAUCAGUUUGCAGCGUCGACGCAGCAGAGAUGGAAGCAGAAGAAACAGAAAUAAGGAGUCUUUUGGUGUUAGUCGAGGUGGCUUUGGUGGGAGAGCAAUUGAAGAUUGGUACAGCGGAAGUAGAACUGCUGGAGAAGAAGAAUAUGGCCAUCAUGAGUUAGAAGAGAGGUCGGAAAGACAUGGAAGAGACUCUAGAGAGGAUCCUUUCAGCAAUUUUUGAUCUCGUCACUCAUACAGGCAAAUCACAUUAUUUGGUUGUAUCUUUCUAAAUGAUACUACCUAUACAUUCAUUACAUUUUCUUGAGUUUGGGAUGGGAUUGGAUGGGAUGGGGCUGGAAUGGCUUGGUCUGGUCUGGUGGAUUGGGUGGGUGGUUGGUGGAAAAGGAUGAGCUUUACAAGGCUUGGCAUGGUGAAAGCAGCUGGAACCUCGAAGAGAAUCAGGAGACCACGGCAGGAAGGAAAUGGCCAUUUCUGGAGCUGGGGAGUUUCUUUGUCCAAGAAGUGGGAACAUCAGGCUCACGCCAACAUAACAGAUAUCACCUCGAUCGAUAUCGACGGGAUACAUUUACCAGUAAUGUUUUUGUAUAUUCUACAAUAUUCUGCUAGCCAGCAGGCUUUUUUCUUUUUUGCUCUUUUUUACUUUCUCGUACUUAGCUACUUUUGUCUUUUCUGUUUUUGAUAGGCACUACACUUUUUUUUGGAUAUCCUUUACGCUUUGUAUUGAAGUGGGAGGAUAGUCGGAUACCCCUUUCUUGACUUUCGUUUUUUAGCUACGGCUUUGCUUGGGAUGUUUACAGUACUCCCUGUUCUAUUCUAAAAGUUGCGGAUGGGAGGAUGUUGUUUCAUGGACUUUGGAGAGAGGUGUGGAGACCAGUGGAGAGGUUCGAAGUGAACCGUUUCAAGAGAAAAUAAAAUAUGGUGCUGGGGAAGGUGGGGGAGAGGUGGACGAGAGGUGGGAAGGAAGGUAGAUAAAUCAAUACACAUGAGAUGGUAUUGUGAAAGUCUCGAUAGCGAGCAGUAUUAUACAAUCUCUACAUAAAAUGUACAUUGAUCUUAUUCUUCUGUCCA